AUGCUUAGCGUGGGCUCGUUUGCCAACCGAGACAGACUUUCUAAGGCCGACGGGAAUGUUUUUCUAGUACCCUUCUCAACCCUCAAAAGCUCAGAGGAGUCGGUCUAUGACUUUGACCUGUCCGAUUCAGAGUACCUCCAAGAUUCGAUAACGAAAAAGCGCCGCCAUGCCAUCUACUAUCAUCGGCCUCCUGUGUGGUGUCCCGCACGUCAGACAAGGAUUCCGUCGAGUGUCUCUGGGAGCAGCAGUAGUUGUUGCUCGGGAGAAAUGUGCAGUGACUGCGAUGCUGACGAUAGUCAAAUGCAGGACGAUGCAUAUUCCUGCAUCGUGGACUGCUGUGACACCACAGCUGCAUUAGCAAGCACUGUACCUGGCACAGAAACCAACAUGUCUCAAUUUAAUCAGGACACCGUCAUAAUGCACGACUGGACAACUCAAGACAGGUCCAACGCAUGGAAACAGUUAAGCUCGGCCAAGAGAUAUGCUUUAUCGGAUCGGCGAGUCUCUUCGGCAAAACCAUGUCCGAGUCGGGUGCUAUUGCAAAGCUCUCUUCAUCAGGAUGGGAUGGGCUCCGCUGCGCGGUUACAAUCUUAUAAGGAUAUACGAUUAGGGCUGGAUGAAAAGUGGGCCAUCCAUGAAGGCUCCCUAGUGAUCUGCGUUGAUCCUGCGUAUACCUUGUCCGACCACGACAAACUACGGUCCGACGAAUUCGAACUUGUCAGCGGAGAUAUCUUCGUUGUCUGUAGGAUGUAUGCAGAUCUGUGGGCUCUGUGUGCCAAUGCUUCGUCAGCUCAGCCCGAGAGACCUUUCGGUGAGACAUUGACGGCAGUUGAGCCUGUGCGACUAGCUUUCCUGCCACUCUGCGCAGUGACAUUAGCAGCAAAUUUCAGCGCAUUCAAUCAGAGAUGUAUCAGUUACGCUUGUUGCGAGACCGAUGAACCUAGAUAUCCGGGGAACGGGCUGCCGGUUAUGCCUCCCCCACGCUCUUAUAGCCUUUGCGAUGGCAAACAGAUCUACCGCGGAAACAGACGUCACAUUCCAUUUCCAGAGGUGGUAUAUGAUGCUUUCAACCGCAUCUCUUUGGAAGGUAGCGAUGCCGAUCAUGUGUUGGCAGACUCUCCUUCUCUGGAGAACGUGCUUUCUAGCUUGACCGAUCGAGGGAGUCGUCGGCUGCAGCGCUUAGGAAAUCGGAUGUCACUCCGGAAGCUUUGGAGCGAUAAUAAAACACCUGUGCUGGGGAACGCGGAGAACAGAUUCUCUCUUUUACCGGUAUAUCGUGAUGGGCGUCAAGAAUCAGGCGCAACGCAGCGUCAUUCAGACACGCAGCGGCGUAAUUCUUCAAAAAGCCCGAGGCUGAGGGACCUCAUUCGGAUUGCCCGAUAG